ACCAUAGUCUUCCACAAGCUGUUAGCUUGACAGCUAGUUCCCCUGUGCCUCAGCAGCAUCCCCUAGCAGGCCUCCUUCUCUCCCUGCAGUUCGGUUGCCCGUGCUCUCAUGCAGAAACGAGGAGGAGGAACUCUACUACUGUGUAAACCAAGGAGACCAGAGGAGGAAGAAGAAGUUGAAGAUAUCUCGAUAUAUCAGUCUGAAUAUCUCCAAAGACAACACAGAGUGGUGAACUGCAGGUUUCACAGUUGCCCGAGGCUCUGGGUGGUGUGAUGGCAGGAGGACCCCCGUCACGUGACUGCAGCGAUGUCCUCUUUGAUCUACAGACGAAACGCCAGGAGGAGGGAGAGCUUGAGAUAAAGAACAAGGAGCUCUGUCAGAUGUUCGUGAGAUUGCAACAGCGCUCGGAUGAGUUGCACAAGGAGGUUGUGAAAGCGAAGAUGUUACACUUAAGCUUCGAUCUGUUUUUCAAGGAAGAAGAUGCUGGUAAAGCUUCUGACAAAGCAGAGAGGAAGAGGAAAGAGAAGCUUCAACAGGAGUUAGAGCUAAAGAGGUUAAUGGUGGAGCAUGGCGAACUGAUGGAUAGGAAACAGGAGCUACAGCAUCAGAUUCAGAAACACUCUUUGUAUUGGGACUUCAUGGUGCGGGUGGUCAAGAUGACUAAGUAUGAUGAUGUGCAGGCGCUCACGGUUCGUUUAGAAAGUCUUCUCCACUUUCGAGACCAUCUCUAUCAGAGGGUGAAUGAGGCGCGAGAGCAGGUCGACCAGCAGAAAAAAGCACUGCUGAUAUUGGAGGAGCAGCAUCACGUUCUGCAGCUGCACAGCAACAACCAGCUGUCCCACCUCCAGACCAAGAUAGAGAAGACGCGCUCUGAAGCUCUAAAAUGGGAAAGGAAGUGGAGCCACAUUCAGGAAACGGCAGCAAAGAAAACACUCCUACUGGGACAAAUUAAGAUGGUGACCCUCAACCUCUAUGAAAAUACAGAAGACAUGGUAAAAGGAGAGGAAGAUGUGGAUAUGAAUGACACGGAGAAACAGCUCGACAAGGUCAAGAUGUUCAUCCAGGACCAUAAGGACAUAGUGAAACAACAUCAAAAUCCCUCACAGAGACACGAUGGACAGAAAAAAGACAAGAUAAAGCCCAAAAAGCGCAUCGCAACUCACUGUAAAAAAGAAUGUACCAGCUGAGCUUGUUUAUCAGUUGUUCUAAUGUAAAACUCUGUGAGUUAAAUGAACUGUGAACUUGAAGACAAUUAACUUCAAUAAACUUAAAACACUGAGUGCAAUCAACAACUUUUAUUAAUUUAGCUGCUCAUGGUUAAUAACAUGGCUUGAUUAUAAGUUCUGAAAUGUUCUGAUAGUGGUAACUAUACAUUUGAGGUUGACUUGUUUUAACUUGAUAAAUUCUGUGUAUCUAGUAUCAAUAUCCAAUAACUUAUACUGUUGGUGGUUCAAUCCCCAGUUCCUCCUGUCUGCAUUAAAAAUGAAUGAAAUGUAAUGUAGAGUCUAGACAAGCAAUCAUUCAGAACAUAAGGUCCUGUACUGCCACCCUGUGGCCAUUAAAAUGAACAGCAACUGGUGCA